AUGGUAGUCGGAUUUAUGGAGGACGGGCACAACCUGUACUGCGGGGAUGAGGCGCGUGAAAUCAUUCCUAAAGUGCAGCGGUUGAUUGAGACCGAGCAGGCGGCGGGCGGCAGCGUCAUUUUCAUCUGCGACACACACGAUCCGGACGACCUGGAGUUCGAGAUGUUCCCGGUGCAUUGCGUUCGGGGCACGGAAGAACCUGAGAUCAUCCCGGAACUGCGGGAAUACGAGGGGAUUCACCUGCCAAAGCGUCGUUACAGCGCUUUCUUCGAGACCAACCUCGCGGACUUGCUGGCAGAGCUUGAGCCUGAGCGAGUAAUCGUGUGCGGCGUCUGCACCGACAUCUGUGUGAUGCAUACUGUCGCGGACGCGCGCAACCGCGAUUACGCUGUGGAUGUUCCUACGGACUGCGUGGCGUCUUUCGACUCAGAGGCGCAUGCGAACGCAUUGCGGCACAUGGAGCGGAUUCUGGGGCGCGCCUGCUGGCGACCCAGGACUAGCUACUUAUCAGACAACACCUGUUAUUAG